AUGUGGGUCCACAUCCGCGUCCCCGGCCCGGGCGGCGCUUGGGAGGGAGCGAGCUACGAGGUUGACAAGACGCUGCCCGUGAUUGGCUUCAAGGCGCUCGUGGCGGACUGCCAUGCGGCCGUGAGUAACAUGGACGACCUGAGGCUGCUCUUCAAGGGGCGCGCGCUUGGCGACGGCGGAUCCUUGGAGGAGGCGGGCGUCGAGGAUGGCGCCACCCUCCACUGCACGCUCGCCUCGCGCCCGGGCGGCGCUGCCGCUCUGCCGGCUGCGGCACAGACGCUCGGGCCGCCGCCGCCGAGCGCCGAGUCGGCGCUUCUGAACAACCCGCUCGUCUCGUCGAUGCUCGAGUCGCCGGAGGCGCUGCAGAUGCUACAGGGGCAGAUGAUGAACAACCCGCAGAUGCGCAGCAUGCUCGAGGCGAACCCAGAGAUGGCGCACGUGCUCAACGACCCCGCGACGCUCCGCCAGUCGCUGCAGACCGCGCGGAACCCGCAGCUGAUGCGCGAGCAGAUGCGCUCCACAGACCGGGCCCUCUCCAACCUGGAGGCGCACCCGGACGGAUUCAACGCCCUCCGCCGGAUGUACUCGACGGUGCAGCAGCCGCUGUACGAGUCCAUGGCGGGCGGCGGCGCGGAGGGCGACGAGGGGAGCGGCGGCGGCAGCAGCAGCAGCAGCAGCGGCGCACCGGGCGCCAUCAACACCACCCCGCUGCCCAACCCGUUCGGAGGGAUGAACGAGGCCCUCGAGGCGGCGCGGCGGGAGGAGGAGGAGAGGCGACGGCGCGGCGGACAGUGA